UGGCAUCAUCGCCGUCAUCCGAAAACGGGGGUGUUCGGUUGUGUCAUCCGCGGCUUAGAAAACCUAAUAAAUACUGUCUCGUUCCAUCGGGUGGUCCAGUUGUGUAUUAUAUUCUGCGAUCGACGCAGUUACAAACGAAAGAGACAGUGAAGGAGACCUUCGACGGAGUAAAACCUUUUAUUGUCAUCGAAUACGUGUGCUUGUGCCGCUUUAGAUCGCUCGGUUUGCGUUACAUUGCGUUGCGUGCCCCGUUUUGCCUCGAACACACUCGAUCGUAGCCGGCUUCGCGUGCCAUCGACAAUCAGUUCUUAGUGCGAAUCCCCUGAAAAGUUGCAACUGCUCGGCGAUAAAAAUACGGACGCAAACAACAGAGUAACCAUGGCCGACAAUGGAAACAAACGCAACAUCCCAAUCAAACUCGGCGACUUCAGUGUGAUCGAUACGGAGUUUUCUAGCAUCCGCGAGCGGUUUGACACGGAGAUGCGCAAGAUGGAAGAGGAGAUGGCCAAAUUUAGAUCGGACCUGAUGAACCGCGAGUCGACCUUCUUCGAGACCAGUUUUUCUUCCAAAAAGGUUGACUCCUCAUCCAGCACCGCAACUUCCAACGCGACUACCUCAGCGAAACCGCACCCACAAGCACAAAGUGCGUCUGACAUAAGCUCGCCGUUGAUUCAGGAUGAAGGCGACAAUAAGGUGCUGAAGUUGCGCUUCGACGUUAGCCAGUACGCACCGGAAGAGAUCGUCGUCAAGACGGUCGACAACAAGCUGCUGGUGCACGCCAAGCACCAGGAGCAGUCGGACACGAAGACGGUAUACAGGGAGUACAACCGCGAGUUUCUGUUGCCGAAAGGCUGCAACCCGGAGCUGAUCAAAUCGUCGCUCAGCAAGGACGGUGUGCUGACGGUCGACGCCCCGUUGCCGCCGCAAGCCUUGACCGCUGGCGAAACUAUGAUACCGAUUGCCCACAACUAAGUAGUUUGUUGCUGCCAAUAUUGUUCUUAGUCUCAUAUUUGGAACUUCUUCGCUUGAUUUACUUUCUCUUUGGUUUUUUUUUGCUAAUAAUUAUGCUGUCCUUUUCUUUUUGUGCGUGUGUGCAUGGGUAUAAAGAUGUACGUUGAGCGGUAUUCUGUGGCAGUUUAUUUUAAUGGAGUCCUGUUCUCGCUCUGUUAGACAUGCUAGGUGGGUCCGCUAGAUCGUUGUUCCAAAAAGUUUUAUUAAGGCUUUUCUUUGUAUUUCUGUGUGCCUGUGUGUGUAUGUAUGCGUGUUUGUAAGCAAAUCAACUGGGUGGUGCUACUACCAAUCGGUACAAUCAGGAUCAGAAUCAAUAGUAUCAUUUGUAUUACGUAUAACGAGACGCAUUUUAUUUAAUAUUAUCGUUUUACUUAAGAAGGUUUUCGAUAGGAAGUGGUACGGUAGGAGCGCUGCAGUGGAAGUAGCGCCAGGGUUCAGCUCCACACACUUGUCCCAUUCAGAGUACGAAGAUAACCGCAAUGUACCGCUAGGACGUCAUUACAUAACAUUACACAACACCCCAGUGCAUCACGCGAACGCAUUGUCAGAGAUUAACUGCUUGCUGGUUCAGAUAUUGAUAGGUAUUUGUCGGUCGGGAAAGCUGGUGCUUGGUUGGCCAAGCCAGGUCUGAAAAAUCGAAAAAAACUUUAUUAUACUUUUAAUUCAUUUUUUAAUUUUACUCCUAUAUUGCUUCAAUAAACGUGCAACACGCUUUUAACAUA